UAACCCAAAAGCAAAAUGAUCGAAAAGGUAAACAAAUGCUACGUAGCAUUUGUUUACUUUUCUUUGUGUUGGUUACUUGUUACUCUGUGUCCAGAGGCUGAGCCCAAUUGUGGUAAAUUAAACAGUAAACAAUCAAUUAGAAUUGACGAUUUUAAGUACAAAUUAACUUUUCUCUCUCAACUGGGUGGUUUCUUCUUGCAUCAGGGUUACAGUUCACUUAUUGGUUCAUUCCUGAUCAAUCAAUUACCAUCACAAUUAAUAUCAUCAUCGUUUCUUUGUAAAACCUUUUCAUCAACAAUAAAUUCAUCAAACAACAACAACAACAUGGAGAUGCCUGAUGAAACUAAACUUCAUUAUUAUGAGACUCAUUCGGACAUUGUUUGGGCUGAUUGUGAGAUGUCCGGUCUUGAUAUUGAUAAAGAUCAACUUCUCGAAGUGGCCGUGAUCAUCACCGAUUCAAAUUUAAAUGAGAUCGCCACCCUUGGCCCUUUGGUGAUCAAAACAGAUCCUCAUGUCUUAUCCAAUAUGGAUGAAUGGUGUACCCGUAAUCACACAAAGACAGGACUCUAUCAGGCUUGCCUUGAAUCACAAUUAACUGUUGAUCAGGUUGAUCAGCAAUUAUAUGAUCUAUUAGCUUCAAGGAAUAUGAAAUUAGCUGUUCUCGCUGGUAAUUCAAUUGCUUUUGAUAAAUUGUUUCUCUCCAAAUUUUGUCCCAAAUUUUCAUCUCUCCUUCAUUACCGAACCAUUGAUGUUUCUAGUUUUAAAGAGGUUAUCAAGCGUUGGUACCCAAAUGAAGUCAAUCUUAAAAAAAGGAAUCUACACCGAGCUUUAGAUGACAUUAGGGACUGUAUAACUGAACUACGUUACUAUCGGAAAAAGUUUUUCAGACAACCAUUUAAUGACAAUCAUAAGAAUGACAUGUCUAGUCCUAAUUGGUAUAGAAUUAAGGAAACACAAGAAUAAUCACAACAAUUAACUGAUGAUGGAAUUCAACACACUGCCAAUCCUUUUGUUUUGUUUUUCUUUCGGAGAGAAAAAAAAAGAUAUUUGCUCAACAAAUAAUCUUCUUCUUGGUAUCUUACCUCAUUUCGAUUUCACUUUCACUUUCUCUUUCUCUCUUUCUAUCCUUUUUCUUAUUCUUUUGGUCAGUUUACCGGCCAGUGUAGUGACCAGUUAUCCAGAAAGAAAGAAACAAACCUUAUGUUUUCUAGAGUUAAAAAUCAAUUUUGCACAAAAAUUAACACAAAAUCUACACCAUUGGAUUAGAUGAAUAUCCUUUCAUAUCAUAACACUUGAAAUAUAUAAUCACCAUCUCCGAAUUAUUGAAAUAAUAAUAAAAUAGAACAAUUUCCAAAAGAUAAAACAA